AUGUGCUCCCGGAGGCGGAUCAAGGUAUUCUUUAUUUACCGCUAUGAGAUUUAAAGGAGUUCAUUCGCACAUGCAAGCGAAAAACCCUGGAGAACCUACUGAAGAUUGCUGAACUUCCCACUGGUGGAUUAAAAAACGACCUCUUGCAGAGGCUCAUAAAUUACGUCGAAGUUGGACCGUCCCCUGAAUUCUUGUCUGCCGUCAGUCAGGAAAUGCAAACAUUGUCCCGCCUAUCAUCGGUUUCUUUGACCACCCGCGAGGCUGCAAACGAUUGUAAGUACUGUCUUUGCAUUUGUGUUUUAUAGUAAUGACUAGGAGGUUCGCUCACUCAUUUGUAUGACUGUCUAGUAGACCUUUUAAGCUAAUGUACCUCGCCGCUUCUACUCACCGAACUGUCGGUUGGCAGUUCCUGUUGCCGUCAUUAUGCUGAUCUUAAUUGCUGUUAUUGAACGUGGGUGAGCCACAAGUACUGCACAUCCGCCCUAGUGGCAACGCUUCUGGUCAACCGUGACUUGAGAGAAAUUUGCUGCAGGCAUAUUAAAGUCCAGUUUUCUCUGCAAAAAGCACCGUUCAGCCAUAGAAACGAAACAUAUCAAUUUAAAUCGUCGAGUUUUGUGGUAAUUGUCCUGUGUCGCCCUUCCUCACCACUCGUCUUUCGUGUUAUCUGCCCCUUCACGCUCCGGUCUCGUGUCUCUACCUUCGAAAAUAGCUGAUAAUUGUGUUUCCAAAAGCGACCUCUGGCUCGCUGUAUACCUCGCCCGAUUUUGUGUUUGCACUCCUAAGCCUUGUAAUGUAUAUGCAGGCAUUAAACCAAACAGGUUUCUACUUCUCGACGUUCAUCGCAGGUUGGUGCUGACUAUCAUCAUGUCCGUGUCAAAUACGCACAGAAAAAAGAGAAGCUGUGGGUAGAAGUUAGGUGGCUUUUAAACCCCCCGUUUGGCAUUAUACGCUCGUUAUGCCUGCCCUUACCUGCGGGUCGAGCCGCGAUUAUUUCUUGUCCUGGUUGACAGCUUUCUCAGGAUUGUCAUUUGGUGCAUUUAUCUAUGCAGCAUGAUCUGAUCUAGGUAAUCAGGGUGGUUUUGACGACUUCAUGCUUGUGUGUACCUUUGUCAGUAUAACUUGCAUUCAAGGAAUUCAUUGUCUGAUUCUUCACGAGGUUGCAUACCGAAUUGCGAACUUACGUCGCCUCCGAUGCAUCUUCAGUACAUGUGGUCAGGGCAAACAUGCUUUCUGCAUGAAGGUACAACCCUACCCGUUCAACCCGCGGGACCGCUUGCGCGAAGUAUAUACUGUUUCUUUCACCGCUCGGUUCUGUAGGAUCACACGCGCAACCAGUACGGUUACGUUUCCACAUCACGUCUCACACCGGUUGUGAUAAGUUUAUUGUAAAAGCAUGGUGGUUUAAGUCUGUUUUCUUUCGAACAGUCAUGCUUCUGUACUGACCGCGCGUGUUCAUCAAUGGUUGUCGCCGUCAUCAUUGUCGACCUCGCCUUCCUGCAUACCGGUUACAUAGCUACACAUUGAUGAGGGCAGUGACUGCAAGCACGAAUGGGAGGGGAGUGAGUUUAUUGAUAAAAAAUAGCAAACACGAUCAGGCUAUCUCCCACUGCGUCUGGAUACCUGAUGCGAACUACAUUACGCAGUCCUAUUGUGUGCGGAAGACGCCGGUGAUUUUUUCGGGUCGAUGACUGAGUUUAGGCAGUAGCACAUGAACUUAGGCGCAGUCAUUCAGUCUUCCUCCAUCGCAGCCACAGAUAAUUUUAUGGUGGCUGGAAUACUAUUUUAAUCCCGAAAGAAUCAUCUAACCAUCCAGCAAUGUUCUCGGUGAAAAAGAACGUACUAAUUUGGCUUAUAACCAAUCUGAAGCCUUUAAGGAAGUAAUUUUAGGCAGGCUAGUUCCGGAGAACAACGAACACAGAGGACACAAGCAACCGGUACGCGCACUACUCAUUGUCACGAACUGCCAUGACACAUUUGUCUUCCCCCAUGAAAACCCAAAUAAUGCAUUAAGGUCUCUGGGUCGACGCCUUCUGUAUCAAUGAUACUCGCCUAAGCAUACCUAUUAUCUAUCAGAGUAGGGAAGUUACGCGAUUGUAGUCUUAUAUACCCAACUCUCAGGUGGGUGCAGGCUAUCACAGAAGCAAUGCUCUUGCCAGUUUCAAAUGCUGAGUGAUCCUCUUAUGCUCUACGGUACACUCGAAAUUGCAUUCCGAGCAUAAACAUGGUCCUGCCUCGUGAAUCUUCUCAAAUACCCUUUCGAGACGGACUCGGGAACAUAUUAUGCUGUAGUCUAGUUAUUCGGUGUCUAAAAAAUCCUAACUUGGUACACUGCCAUUAACCGAUUUCAAGAUGUCGCAAAGCGUAGUACACUUCUGGGUCAGGCGACGUUUACCAACAUGCGGUGUAUUUUCAAGGUCUUCUCGGCUCACAAAUGUUUACAGGUACUUCUAAGAGUUUGGACCGUCAAUUACACUAAUCGGAUGCCACCAUUCUCCGUGCCUCGUUGAUAUGCCCUCAAAUGCAAUAGCGAUGAUUCCCAUUUCCAAAUGAGCUUAUCUUUUUUAUUGUUGGUUUAGAUACUGACGGGCAUGCACCACACCACAUGCAAUCUCCCGGUGAGGCUCGCCCUUCCCAGGUCUCAUUCAGCUCAGGUGAAUUGCCUCUGCCAUACUCUUCUCCCUCCACGUGCCAGCCACAAUAUGCCUCGGCCAGCAAAAGCACCCCGAAUCGGCAGACUCAGAAGGUGACUCCAGAGAGGACAAAUUCGAACUGUUUUUCCCCUCCAACCACGAAACCUAAUGUUGAUUCCAUAACUCUCGCCACCUGUAAGCUUUCUAUUAUACUUUUGCAUAGCUCCAUGUUUAAAAGUUCUUAAAAAAGUCACUCCUUGCCGCUUUAUUCCAUUUUUAGCCGGCGGCAUCUUUCGGAUUCCCACUUGCCCACCGGGCUUAAGUUUUACAAAUUCUCCCUUCUUCAAGGUCAUUGAGGUCAUUCGACCGCCGACCAUUUUGUCUCCUUCCGAGCUCAACUUCAUUCCCGGCAAGCGCCCUUAUGAACGUGCCCUUAGUUUGAAAAUUUCGAUCGACCAGGCCGAAGCCAUCACCUAUCACAGGUAUAUAACCUCGAGCUUCUUCCUUACUCUCUUUUGCUGGCAAAUUCUUACCACCAGCCUCGAGUGCUGGAGCAGGUUCAAUUACAUACGACCUUUUCGUUUUUGUGCUUUGUCUGGUCACGCAAGUAUCCGGUCAUCACAUGCGAUGAGAUAUCCACCACUGUCUCGAGGCGGACACAGUGGCAACUUGCGCAUGACUUUGUUUUCUACAGAGUAGGAUUGCGCAGCAUGCUCCCCGCUGUUCUCACACCCGCCGUAGCACAGUAACGAAACGAAAUUGAGGUAGAUGUAUAUGUGGACGUGGGCAGGUGCUGCAACCCGUCCACACUUAUCACGAUCUGGUCCACCUGAGGAGGCCUCCAUCCCCCAGCAGUGACACCACCGUAAAGAUCCCUCAGUACUAAACAGCGCCGAGUCAUCCGUCAGUUGAAAACAGUCCAAACGAUGAGUGUUGGCGCUUCGUCAUAGAAAUAGUAUUUGAUUGUUUAUACUUGGGAGAGGCUAGGCACUAAAUGCUACGUGGAUCAAGUUAACUCCCUUUUCUUAUAUGUGACGGUGGCCUGUCCUAGCCAAACUGGCUAAAGGCCACUUGGGUUUAGUGGCCAGACUGACGCAAGCCUCUGCCGAGUGCGUACUACACACAUUCUCGGUGAUGGUUGAAUACAAACAUGGAUAUUCAGCCCGGCGUGACUACCGCAUGCCACCAAAUCACUACCUCGCCACCUUGUGCGAUAGCUUAGCUGUCAAGGCCAAACUAGGAUACGUGUUUGAUCUCUUCAUCUAAUCUUGGGUGCCCUUGAAUUAAAGCAUGCAACUGGCAUUGGUCUUGCUAGAGUUCGAUGAAACAGUUGCCUAGAGUAUUCAGUAGGUGCUGAGACUCUUUAAAUCGUAUGGAGGGCUCUUGUCUGAUAUAAGUUGAAAAAAUUACUGUAGCAGUAUCCUCAGUCUCACUGGUAUGGCGUAUAGUCGACAGUUCGACCGUCGCAGACGACGACUUCCACCGACUCACUACUCGAGUCCCGCAUGUGAGAGGUCAUAUUGAGGAGGAACAAUUACAACUGUGAGAAAGACCGAGUCAUCCAGUUAAUUAGCAGCCCUUCAAGCCACAACCAUUAGCACGUGAUAGGAGUGGUUUUCGUGCUGUGUUGAUUAAAUUAAUCAGUUACCGAUAUCCUCCCCUUUUUUAUUUGAGUGAGAGUGCAGUUGCGUUCGCAACGUGUCCAGUAUUGCCAUAAAGCAAAGCAUCAUUCAGUUUUUAACAGCCAUAUUAUACAAAAAGUCAUUAAAGUCGUGUAUAGGUUGAUUCAUUUCUUGCCUUCUGGUAGCUUAACUAUGAUUUCCGUACCAUAAUGUUUACAAACUUAGCCGGCAUAGUUAACAGAGUCCUUAUUCGCUAAUAAAAGGUUGUCAGUCUGGUUUGGGAAGGAAUCAGACUACGUUAUCGCCUUGAAUAUUUUGCAAAUCACAUGCCACUCACAUAUGUCUAAUGACCAGUAGGCGACGAGUGUUCCUCGAUGCUGGAGUUACUUUACCGCCCCCGAUGCCAUGCAGUCCUCGAGAGGGGCUGGGUGCAGUUAACGAGGCGGUGCAUUUAGUCGGGUAGUGCAUAACUCAUCGUUUGUUCCUAAAAUGAGCCAGUGCUGCUGUAUAUUCCCGAUCGAAACCGACAGGGCAACGGGCUUGCGGCCCAAUGAUUAGAGGCGUGGACUUCCAACAAACAGGUCGCGUGUUCGAGCCUCGGGUGUGCCACACUUCGGGCGUCGGGUGUGACUGGCUGACGAGGGCUAAUAAGCCAGAAAUGUCCAUCACAGUCUCCCUUGUCUUUGUUGGUAAUAUUAUUCUGUCGGUAUCACUAGCCUCUGUGCGGCUGCUGGCACAGCAGCAUGAGUAACGCGACCGGUGAGCUUGCCCCCUAGCAUACCCUAAUUUCUUCUUGGGCGGAGGCCGUUCGGGUUCAGCAGUUGGCUGUAGUAGGCGUCCGCCAGUAUGACAGAGAACAUGAGCGUGAUGAGUGGGAUGGGAGCAAGCACACACGCAGGCCUCAUCUGUCUGGCGCAUGUGCCUCUGUGAGAUGCGCCAUUUCGCAGCGCGUUGCCGUCUGUCUCGCAGGGGCCAGAUCGGAGUUCGGCAGGCGUUAUUAGGACUACACGGAUUACAAAUGUCAACGUUGAGGAUGUGGUGGCAGGCCCAUGUGCAGACUCACGUAGCGCCCGCCGGGAUCCUUGCCGCCCCCCCCCCCCCACUUUUGUUGUGAUGGAAAAUGCUGGCCAGUGUGCGCUGUGGACCGCCUACGUGGGGGGUUUUCACCGUGUUAGCUACCUGCGCCUUCGCCCGCCUCCGGUCUUCUUGACUCUGUCUUGAGACUGAAACCAGUUGGGGAAAGAGGAUAUACGGGGCGGUAGAUGCAGCGCAAGUUUGCUCACGCGCGAGUCACCGUCCCUGUCCUCGCCCUGCUGUUGAGCACACAGUGAAAGUCGUCGAUAUCGACGGUUGAGCUUUCGUGUAACUCAUCUGACGAUUGCACAACAUCCUAACUGACGUCGCAUUUGUGGUCCAAGUGAAGACAAGGAAGUAAAUUGAGAGGAGAAAAAUAAUCAUUAUCGAAACGGUAUCGUGAUAGGCAAUGACGCUAAUGCGUCGUUAUAUUACGGAGGCGAAGAUGUCUGUCAGAAAUUCCCUCUCCGCCAGUGGGCUACCGUUGCCUCAGAACUAUGCAAGUGUUCAAAGAAUCUUGGAUGCCGAGGGACUUACCUGCCAGUCUGACUUUUGGCCGCCCAGCACGUCCACUAGUGGUCUAUAGGAGGACGUCCUUCUGCGAAACUUAACUGGAAAAUUACCAGGUAUGUGCCUGACGAAUAUGUCCUCGCGAAGUUCGAUGACGGCCGUGACAUGGUGAGUGCAAACAACCAUUGCCUUCCGAAUUAAACCACAUUUCAGGGCUUGGAUUGCGGACUAGGCGCCCAAGCCAUAUCCUAUCCGCGAACCUCCGUUGCGGACUGAUUAUCCUACCACUAGAUGCCUCGUGUGCCACGGCGUCCGCGACGGCUGACACAUCCGGACUCCCUGCCAAUGAUUGAAUUGCAUGGCAAAUUCACGAGCUGGUCUGGUCGAAAGAACCAACUAGGUAUCUCAUGCUGCUGUGUGGCAUUUUGCUAGCGUUAACUCACGGGAACGUGGGCGUUGCCCGUCUGUCGGAGCUGCGCUUACCAGAUCAUGGCUGGCGCGACAUCAAUUUGCGUUGAGAAGAAGUUUAUGCUGUACCUCGUCGGUACAGCUAAAAACCGGUCGCACAGUCUCGGAGUCGCACUGAGUGAUCAAUGUUAUUCGUGGUUUUCAACCGAGGCUUGCACUUGUGCACACACAUUACAGUUUACGGUGACAGCAGAUGGUUACGCAAUUUCGCAACUUGGAAGUCCCCCAAGCCCUCUCCGCCAGUGAUCUCAGACGAAUUCUGUACAGUAGUAGCGUCACCGGCAAGUUUUCGGUGAAGAAACACCCUGCCUAGCAUCGUAACCCAUGAAGCAUCUCCCCCUCAUUCGAGUCCACUUUUCCAAUCCGUCUGCACACAUGUUAGAGCGGAGAAUUUGCGGAGGUUUUCCAACCGACGAUGAAACUGAACUGUCUUACGGCAAGCACUUACAGGCGCUAGUUUACCGGUUACAUGACAUUAUGGGCCACAUUUUAGGGACAGAAGCAAUACCGAUAGGCCGUAGUUACACUGUCAUCAUGCUGGCCUUCAGGAGAGGUGACAAAUGAAUACGCAAAAAGCCCCGUUGUACUAGACUCCUUUACUCUGCCCCAGGCUUCUUCAUAGUGAUCUUUAAUCGCCUCCGUCUGUUCUUCGAUACUGGUGCAAACACCACCGCGGCCAUCGGCCGGGGGCGGAAAUUUUCGAUCUUGGUUACCAACAUUGUCGCCGACAGUUAACUUAGUUCGUGGAUGCCUCCUUUGCACUUAUCCCUUCCAAGGGCGAUUCUCUCUUGUCGAUCAUGCUGCAUGCUGACAUGCCUUCGAAACCACUUCCAUUGAUUCAAGCCUCCUACCACAGGAGGACCGAAGCCUCCGUGAAAAAUGAGUGUUUUCUCCGGUGCACCUGUUGUCCAACUACUUGGCGGGGAGGCAGAUGACUGCAGUGUCGAGGCAAAUCCGCCUGUGCUUUAUGGACAAUGAAUACGCUGAUGGCGUUGCGGUGCUGUCAAGUCCCUUUACGGAAAUGCAUUUUGUUCCAAUGUAAAAUCCAUAACAUCCAGGAUACUGAAUUCCGGCCGUCAUGUUCCUCCUGUCUGAACACCCUCAGUUCUUUGAAACGACCUGAAAACGACGACGGGAAAAGGCAUUGCAGCCAUGACGACGAGGCUUCUAGCACUGUAUUAUCUUCCUGACAGAGACCCAGUCAAAAGGCGCUAUCUCAUCUCUUUGCUUGUCAAAUCGCCUCUCGGAACCUGGGCACCAGGUCGUUCUAGAACUUGCAAACCCUAGCUGGUCGUCUCCAGGCACCUUAUUGUUGCACAAUCACAGUAAUGCGACGGCCCUUUUUUCUGCGAAAGAGGAUCACAUGACGCUGCAUAGAAUGGAGAAGAAUGACACUGUUCCGUGGUCGAGGGAGAUGACGAUGAGAUUAAUUGCCAAAGCCGAGAAGACGCCCGAAGUCCCCAUGCCUGCUCUCGACUUUAACAGGGUAGUCAGCAAUAAAAUCGCUGUUCGCAUCACAAACAGAAUUAGGUUCAGGGAAUCUGCCAUUAAAUUGGUAGAGCUUUCGAAUGCCGCGGACCUCUACUAUGGCCUGCUCCAUUGAAAGUCACCACUGGCUUAACGGGUUUAGGGUUAUCUCUGGCGGACUUUGCUGCUGCUUUCCGGAUUCAGUGGGAGGGGCCGUCAUUGUGGGAUAUAGCUCAACCUACUUGAACACAUUACCGUGCAGAUUUUGUCAAUCCAGUUUUUGCUACACCGACUGAGCCCUGCGAUUCUUGCAAGCUAACGAUAUCGGUUUUGACCGCUUGCCUCUUCCACUCCUUUGAUUUUUAUUUAUGCUCCCGACCAUGCUGGGUUUUCGUGGUUUUACCACUUUAAGGCCUCUUGCGCCUGACAAUUUAGGCGUGUUCGAACGAGGACAUGUUCUGAGCCGUAGGUUUGGUUACUUUUGUCAACACACGCCGAUCAUGAACUCAGCUACAGAAAUUGGAACUGACUGAAGCGGCGCCAGUCUGGCUGGACGUACCAGGUCAGUAGACGUUUGCGGUAAUGCUGGGAGCAUGAAGUGUUGGCGGUAAGUAGUAGUGUCUGUCCAACGGAACCCAACAUCCUUUCACCAUUGUCACACCGAGAACCAAGCCCAAGGCAGCCAAUGUGGUGGCUGUCUGAAGAGUCGCCUCACCCAGACCCUGACAACACUUGCAGGUCACGGCGAGGCAAUGUUUCCACUAGUUGCUGCACCUGAAAACUGAAGGCUCAUUCGGCUGGUAGUUUGGGUUGGCAAGUUAAACGAAAUUACAAAGAUGUUGGCAUUCGCAUCCCUGUCGUUCAGUGCUUUAGCCGUAAAUUACGAUUUUUAAAAGGCCACUUUUUCAUUACCACCGUCCGUCAAACAACAACGUGAGUUAGUCCUCAGCGACGCCAGUGAGUCUGUUUGGGCGUAGCCAAUUCUAUGUUAUUUACUGCCCACCUAUUUAAACUUUCCAGUCGCCUGGUUUAACCUUAUUUUGUCGGCAAACCGCACCGGGUAUAUGAUACUGCGGCAUUUAUUAGUAUACAUUUACUAGUAUACUAUACUACUAGCUGCCUGUCGUCAGUUAGUGAAUAUUACGCGGUUACCCGCCGUGGCUGAUAGACUUCGGCCCAAAUAUUCAUACAUAAUAACUUCAGUUUGAGCCUAUAGACCUUGAAUAAACUGAUCUACUCCAAGUUCGUGGUUAAUUUCUGAGGAGGUUAAAAAGCGCCAGCAUUUAUUAGUUUUAAUAAGCCCGCCCGCCUUGAUGCUCCCAAAUAUUUAAGGGGACCUUGGAGAUUUUCAUCUGCUGCCGAUUGUCAACAUUUGGUGUUUUGGCAACUUCAAAUGGUUGACCGAAUUGCGAAAAACUCGGAGGCCUUCGUAGCAAUCGAAUCCACGACAGCAAGGGCACCUGAGCUAUGAGGCCCCACCGGGAGCCGUCAAGUUACCCGCCCAGCCUCCCGAAACGCACUAACUUAAGAAUCCACCAGAUGUCAGUAUUUUAAAAACCGCUCUGCUCGACCAUGGUGUUGACCGAGCUAUCUGCCUCACAUUUAAUGCCCAUUCGGAGUCGUGGGAGUCCUGUGGUCAUUGCAUUAAAUGUUUCGGCGACAACCCUGUUUACCCAGUCCUUCGAACUGGUUUUUAUGCUGACAUCUGAGGUGGCUUGAGAAAUUUUCUUAUAAAGGCGGUUUUUAUAUUUUUUUAUAGCCUUGGCGACUUCAGUAGCACGCUAUUAUUUAGUGCUCCCAUGUCUGCCUUUUGUGUGACCUUUUUUCCUGUCAGCCUGUAAGGCCAGUUUUUUCUUUUUUGUUUCCAGCCAAAGACUAGACGACAAGCGUUUGGACUUUGGGGUGCAAGUUAUCAUGCGUUUCGCAAAGCUGGACCAGUCAGAUCUUGUCAACCUGCGCAUUGGUGAACCGAAGCAGCAGCAGCAGCAGGAGUCACUAUCACCCCAGCCGGACAACUUUCCCAUCCAUCUCAUGCUUCACGUUAAUGGUCGACCGGCACAAUUGCCGCCACUACUUCCUACUACACGACCCGGCCUUGACGGCCGCCGAAACGCCCGCCCGGUUAACAUUACACCCCUGGUGAGUCUGCAUACCACCCUCGUCCACCCUCUCCCUCAGCUCAUUCAUCUUGUCCAAUCGGGUGGCCAUUUCAUCAAGGCUCCCGCCUUCCAUUUUCCUAUCUUUUUAGGCUGUGGGCGUCGUCUGGCCAACUCCCAAUCCCAAAUGAGCUAGGAAAAAAGGAGACACGUACCGUAGACGCCACCAAAACCUGUCAACCAGUGGGCAAUUGUUAGGUGAAGUGCUUAAUUAACCAUCUGGAGUUUGCCAGUGUGGCCGACGUCCUCUCACAAACGUGAUUCAGGGCCCUCCUUGUUUCCGCGAAAACCCCGCACAUUGCGCGAGGUCCGGGUCGUGUGUGGCGCGUGUAGACGAUCUGUUUAGCCUUGUCAGCCACCAUGCGCGAGCUCACCCCCCAUCGUUGGGACAUUGUCGUGUCAUCAGAACCUGACGGGUGAGAGAGGGGAGAGCGUGGUAGACGCUGCACAAGUCACCGUUGCUGCGCCUACUCUGUGCGGCAUACAAGAGACGUCGUCGUAUGCAACAAGGAGAUCCAUCAUUACGAUGCCCAGUGUCUUCGUUCAAAGCGCCGUUGCGUCAGAGUCAUUCACCUUCCCCUCAAGCGGUUCUAGACGCCCUGACCGACUGCAGCAUGCCCAGACACGCGCAUUCACCCCCUCGGCGAAUCCAACUACAUUUUUAAGGGGGGUAGGGAACGUCGAUGAAAAGCUAAGACGCCUUGCGUGUGCCAAUUGGCUUGAAAAUUUCUUCCGAGAAUCCUAGUACCGCAGCCGCGUCUAGGCGGCUUUCUGCCCUCAUUGCUGAUUUUCUGCAUCCGAAUGCAAAUGUACACCAAAACGAAGUAAAAACUGGCGUCUGCAACCGAUGGCCAACAAGAAACUUUGCUAAGCAUAUUUGACCAAAGGUAUGUCCGAAUAGUCCUUUUGGGAAAAGAUGGCAUAAAAUGUUGUUUUUACAGGCAAAAACAACCAUGUUUUGCCUUUUUUGAGACCAGUGAGGACCAUUGCAAUUCGUCUUUAAAAGCAACUGGUGUAUUCCAGCAUCUGCUUUAAACUGGAGAAAUCCCGGUCUCGAAGACCUGUUUAUGGUUUGCUCGUCGGAGGGCACAGUGGUGUACCAUGCGGUAAAUCUGAGGCAGAUUUCAAUGGUAAAACCGAGUCCACAUGACUGGAGAUGGGUAAGGGCGCGGCGAGUGACGCGGUCGUUUAUGCACGUAUGGAUCUCCAAUAGUUUCAACCGAAACCCCGGACUGGCAUUUUCGUCUCUUUAUUGGCUAACUUCUCGUGUAGCCGCUGUCUUCUGGGUGUCCGCCUUCAGCUAGUAGUAUUGCUGCGACACCGUGAGCAUUGGAGGCGGUUAGAGAGAGCAUGCAGGAUCAAAGCCGUCCCGAGCGUGCUGCUGGAUUUCCUCCCUGGCCCGGUGCACUUCUUUUUAGACGACCUGGGCACCUCGCCUACAGUGUUGGUUCCAUGUCGACGCCGCGCAUAGCAUUAAUGCCUGAUCAACAUGUGCAGACAUGGGACGGAAUUCCCAGAGUCAGCAAUUCCCACCCCUGAUCUCCAAGUAGCUGGAAUGCGGGCGCCUGCAACUACGUCCAUCUUCUGACCCAUUUUUGUUGUUGUCUAAAAUCCUGGUCAAGUGUUUGUUGUGGACCAGGGGUUGUGGUGGUACACCUAGUUGCGGGUCCAGCUGUGCCAGCCAACUGCGUCCCCUCCCGCCUCCGGUCUUCUUGACUCUGUCUUGACACCGGGUCCAGGUGGAGAGUGGGAGAGAGACACCGCGGUAGGUGCUGCGCAAGUUUGCCCUCACUAUAAACUAAUGCAAACGCAAGUCACCCUGCCUACUGUCACCUUGCUGUAGAGCACACGGUGGACAUCGUCAGACGCGACGGUCUGGACUGUGUUUGGUGACCGAGGCGACUGACCUAGAAGUCGAUGACCCUAGAAGUCUCCUUUCACGGAACAACCUAACCCGUUGCGUCAUCAAGAUUGGUUGGAGUACCAACUGACCUCAUUGCCCAUCUGCUCGUGUUUAUAUAACCUUUUCACUCAGUGUCCCGUUCGAAGUGGCUGGCUUCUCGCAUUUGCUUUCAUCGUGCUCUGGUGUGCUGUGUAUAGCACUUGUUAGGUAACGAGUAAUCGAUGCUAAAAACAGCCCCAGUCGCGUCGCUUUUCGGGUUUCCAGUCGCGUCUCAGGUCUACCUUGUCUUCACUUAAAGUGCAAUGGACUUGGAACUUCAGGCAAACCAGAAUGGCCGUCGAGAGUUUCGCCUUUUUAAAAAUAAAUCUAGGAUUUCAUAUCCGUUCGCCAAGUGUAAACAUCUUUUCAGCCCGUCCAAAGGGUUAUCAUGCAGUCGUGGGUUUUAAAUUUCUGGGGCUAUAUGGUGUCCAAAGGGUCUGUCCCCUUGUGGUGUAACUCGAUCCUACGCUUAAACUUGUUCCUUGUUUUCUUUUUUCAGCUCCGCGUCUCUCCGGCCGUCAGCAAUACCGUAAAGCUCGUGUGGACGCACGAUUACGCCACAUACACCUACUUCUUCUAUGCAGUUUACCUUGCCAGAAAACGCAGUACCCGUGAACUCUGUGAGGCCCUUCGAAGGCACUCCUUCCAGGCCGCAAGCGUAACCAAGGUUUGUGCUUAGUGGUUACUUUCCUCUGUGUGCGUUUAACUUCAGGCUGCGUGGUUGCAGUCCUAUUUGUUGAUUCAUCGAGUCACGCCCCUUCAGAAGCCUCUGCUGUCGGCGGCUGAGCCCGUUAUCAUGUCCUUCCGCAGAACUGUUACAAGGUUCAUGUGCUAUAUAUCGCCUAAAUUUGUGGAAGGUCUCGUUCAGUUCCCUUCUACACUGUUGGAAUGCACUCAGUCGGUAUGGUUAAGGGCAUGUAGGCCUAAUGUUGCAUCCGCAUUCAUUGUAGACCAGCUUUCUUGAAGUGUUUUUCACUCGCCUCUUCCUUUGCUCCCAUUUACUGUGACAGACUGACUGAUCAUGCAGUUGAGGUGGUGAAUGAAGGCUAAAGUUCGGGUUCCAGUGUAUGUAUAAGUGAACAAGAAACAUGGUCGAGCACCGGAACAUUUCGUUUAUUAUUCUGAGCUUUCGAACUCGUGCAGGGGUCCAUCGUCAGAGUUAGUAGCAGCAGUAAAACAAGCGAAAAUCAUGGGGUGUGCAAGCCAAUCAUCGCCGACGGCGCAUGACUUGAGGUGACUGCGCAAGGCUCUGUACGCCGGCCCCAGAUCGAUAAGUCGAUCGACUUAGUUCUCAUCCGAGGCCCAGCUUCAAUCAAUUCUUGGCUUAUUUUGCUUCUGGCGUCUGCAAUUCCGACACCUAGUUCCGCAUCAAUGCACUCGGUGGUCGCUUCUGAAACGUGCUUGAUGUAUGGCAGAGAAUGCCACAUUGUUGGUGGUGCUGAUGUUCGAGUCCUCUGGGGGCGACCGCGUAGGCAGCGACCUAUGAGUGCCUUCGGGAAACCAUUUUGCACAAACCGGUCGCAGAGAUAACGGGCCGCACGUGCACGUUCCUUCGGUUUGCUGCAUUGAGUUUGGAUCCGUUUGAAGAACAUCUUCACACAGUUUCGUUUGUGAGGCACCGGAUGGUUGCUGUGAAAACUGAGGAGCUGUGUGGUGUUUGUUGCCUUCCUAUAAGCCGUCGUUUCGAGUUCGCCAUUAAGAUUCUGUCUGAUGAACACAUCUACGUAGAGCAACUGAUGUUCCUGUUCUUCCCUCGUUGAGGUAGAGUUGCUUUCACUGUCAACAAUUAUCACAAGUACUCCCCCCAUGGUCACUUUGGCAGAGGUCUUGUGUCCGUCGAAACCCCUGGGAUUCUUGUGUAAUUUGUAAUCUAUUCGGAAAGUGGAGGGAGACAAAGCAUGCGAAAUGCAUGUAGUCUAUGCACUGGUAGUGAAGUUGGGGUUUCUGAGCACGAUCGACUAGUAAAAUUGGUAGGUUUUUUGGUCGCGACCAGUUAACCAGUUGCUCAUCAGGGGUAGUGCGUGCAUUGUACGGACAGGUCAUCUGUUAGUGCCGUUUAGCGGGUUGGUUUGUGCGAUCUCCAAAAGAAAAACUCGAUUUUCACUCUCACAACCUCCACCUUCGGGCUUUGUCCUGCUGCACUGCUGUCCGUGCAGCCCAGCCUCUUAUCCCGUCGCCCGUGUAGGUCAAAAACAUCCUGCACAUCUUAACACGGACACCAUUUGUGUUUUCUUCCGUUUCAGCAAAAGAUUAUCGAAAAAUUGGCUUAUACUGCAGUCUCAAGUAAUACGACGGAAGAUGCUGAUUUGGUCAUAGAAAAUACGCUUCCCGUGCAACUCCUGUGCCCUCUUUCCAAGUGUCGAAUAGAUCUCCCGGUUAGGGGUCAGAAUUGCCAGCAUAUUCAGUGCUACGAUGCCAACACCUACCUUCUCAUCAACGAAAGGAAGCCUGCAUGGAAGUGUCCCGUGUGUGACGUACCGGCACCAUUUCACGAACUCCUGGUUGAUGGGUAGGUUUUUGGACUAACUCCUAUUGUCAGCUCUCUUUACAAAUCGUCAUAAGCUAACUGUUUUUCAUGCAUGGGACUCGCUUUCAGACUUAUGUUGGAGAUAUUAGCCGAUACUAUGACCGAGAAUCUGGACGAAAUCGUCUUCAAAGAGGACAGCUCAUGGUCGCCGGUUGGGAAGUUCGGCUCCCUUUCAAACUCACAUUCCGCCGCCGCCGCUUCCUGGACAGACAGGAGUCCGUCUGUUCCCAAACAGCCUCUGUCCUGCUCGACAUGUCCCCCCGACUUGUCCACUUCCUCGCCGAGAUUCAUCCAGCCAUCUGAGGAUACACCUGUCUCCAAGGCCAGCGGCGGUGGUGGUGUUUGCUGUAGCAGUGGGAAUUCAACGAACGGUUCUAUCUCAAGCACUGCCGCCGUCGCACCAGGUUUGGAGAGCCGAAAACGCAGCCUUCCUGCAUCGUCGGGAGGCCCCACCUUCUCGCUGCCGCGUUCAUCACCAGCCUCGUCUGCCAGUAGCCAGGCCCCGGAGGUAGGCUUUCGUUACGCUAAUAAGCAACGGUUUUAUGUUGAAAAUGUGUUCACCAAUCGUGUUGCAAGGCCUCGUCCUUCUACUCCUUAGGUCCCAGUGUAGGAUCCCCACGGGCAAUAGAAAAGGCUUACGGACAAAGAGAGGAAGUGCUCCAACACAAUGCGGGCGGGUAUACUGGAAAUUGGGACGACCGUUUCUGACUUAUUAGCCGUUGUCAGUUAGCUAUACCCAACCCCAGGUUUGAUUAGUUUGGGAUUCGAACCUUUGGUUCUUGAUCGUUAAGUGUGGUGCUUUACAUUUGAGCCGCGGGCUAGUUGUCAGUUGCGGUUGGGAAGGUCGUUCAUCCAUCAGGCUGACACCAGGUCAUAUUAAACGGGCUUGCAUCAAUGACCCUGUCACAUUUUUCUCUUCGGAACAGAACUGAUGAUGUGUUGCAGUCAGACCGACACGGAGACGACGGAGAUGUUAGCACAUUUCAGCAUCCAUUACUGAGGUCCGUUCCUGAUUGAGCAGUCCAUUCCGCCUACUAUUCACCAGGACCGCUGAACCGGGGUUGCGGAACGCGUCCACACUCAUUGGACGCCGCAGCACCUUCAAGCUGUUUCGGAAAGCUUCUUCGGGAAUUUUGAGUACCAUCGGACUCUCAGUAACCGUUCGGAUUGUCGAAGGUCGCCGUCCUUAGCUCUGACUGAAAACCUGGCGGUAAGGCAGUCAUACCAAAAAACUUAUUUAAUGGCAGUACGCAUUCGCCAUGUCACAGUGGCGUUACUCAGACUUCGCGAUAGAGCAGCUUGCGUGCCAGCUGCACCCGGGUAGCACUGUUGUUGCCGUUUCACGACCGCUUGCCAGAUCUGAGCUCGUCUGCUUCACAGCUAGCCUUCGAUGAAGAUCGCUUUGCUGUCCGCCGUUUGUGAACGCGUCGGGCUCCCGCUAGCUAGGCUAACCAUUGAACGCGUCCCCUGCUCCAUUCACUGGACUCCACCCUAAGGGGGAGUUAACUAUUGUUACUCGUUUUUCAAUCCGAGGGGUGGUCGCCCACUGUCAGUGGACGUGCCUCUAGACUACUCUGGAAAUGUCAGUCAGUCGAAUUUUAAGCCCAGCAAUGAUUGACUGCUAGAAAGAUUGACAGUGUCACGGUCAAAAGGUAGUGUGUGUGUGCACGCAUGUGUGCGCUAGGGUUGUAUCUGCAUUAUACGGUUUUUUGAUUGCUGCAUGGAAGUCCGCCACUCGUUGGUUUUUGUUAUUGAGUGUGUGUGUGGUGCCUUUUCUCGGCCCUGGACCAACGCAGGGGCCAGAUUCGAGUUCGGCAGGCGUUAUGUCAAGUGUGCAUUCACAGCAAAUUCCGAAACUGGGGUGUGCUGGCAUGCCCAGUUGCCAGUUCACUCCACGCCAAUUGGAGUCCGUGCGACCGCCCUACUUUUGUUCUGGUACAAAACUUUGAUCGGUCGCAUUUAUUGACCGGGGAGUGUGGUGGUACGUCUAGAUGCGGGUUUUCGCCGUGACAGCCACCUGCGGCCCUUCCCGCAUCCGAUCUUCUGGACUAUGUCUUGGAACCGGAUGCAGGUGAGGAGAGGCCGCGGCAGAUGCUUGACAAGUCUAUCACUUGAAACUACUUCACGCACAGGUCACCGUCACUGCUCUUACCCUGUUGUGGAGCACACACGUGGGCAACGUCGAAAUCGACGGUCAAGGUGUCGUGGUACAUUUCACUGAGGUGGUCGCUGACCUCAAGGGGUCCACCAAGGGUUCCCUAAAGAUGUAAUGAUGUUUUUACGCCUCGCUUAUUCGCGCCUUACUUUGUGCAGUAGCCUCCAUUAAAUUUAACUGCACGCCUUCUAUUUCAGUCCGAACCGGGGCUGACUAUUGACCUCACGGAGUCUGAUGAAGAAGCCGAGGUGUCCGGCAAACGACGGCCAGGCGACAAGUUAUUUCGUAAGUGAAGUUUCUGUGCACUGUCUCUUUUUCUUGUCUCAUAUGUCGUUGAAUGUCCGCUUCAGUCCCCGUUGAAGUUGUCUCGCGAGGGGGGGGUACUUUCUGAUCCUCUUUCUCCUAUUUAUAUAAUUUGCCACCAACGGCAGUGACGAUGACAAUGCCUUGCUAACCAAGUUUUCGAUUUCAACGCGGUAGUAACUAGAAUUAAUCCCUUUGAUGGUAAUUGAUUCCUGUGCCGUAUUGUCGCUGUACCCCCUAGUUGAAGGUACGUUGGGCUGUUCGGCAAAAAACGUCCUGCAGCGAACCGAACUACCAGCAUUAGCAGUGUUAGCAUUGACCCUCCCUAGUGACCAUGCCUAUUCAGAAGACGAAGAUGCGAUCACUGCAACAAGACAUAUAUUGGCCUGACGUUUCAGAUUCUCGAACCCGUCAUCAGAGACAGUCGCAGAUAAGUGUAGGGAAGGCACAAAGACUGCAGUAGCUGCAUACUGCACGUGGCUGCCGUGGGACCAUAUGCGUACUGUAAUUAACAGCUCUCGCAAUCACCGCUGGGGUCGUAACUGAUGCGAUGGUGGCUUGGCAGUCCGCGUCCGAGUCGUUAACUACCGCAAUUUCAUUAUCCGUGUUGGAUGUUGACGUGAUGAUUACUCGGCAACUUGGCCCGCUAUCAUCAGGAUAUUUGGGCACCCGCGCCCUCCCCACUUGACUGAUUCCCCUGCCCAGGGAAAAUCUCAGCAAGGAAUAUAGUACCGGGGGGUCGUUGCGCUUGUUGAUGGAUUGCGGGCCUGAGAACCAUGACUCGAGCAGCUGGCGGCUCACGCGGUUGUCACCCCUUGCGAGGAUCUCGGCCUCCUGAAACUUAAACAUGUGGCCGGAUUCCGUCGAAUGAGUCACCACCUGAGAGCUAGCGUCUCCCCGCCUCACUACUGCUGCUGCAUGCUCGGCAAGUCGCGUCCGGAGAAAUCUCCCACUUUCACCGACGUAGUUGCUUUGUCCGCAACUGCACCAGAUCCGCCAAACGACUCCGGACGUUUCCUGCCGUGGCAGUGGGUCUUUCGGCCUCAUGACCUGGCGCCUGAUGCCUAUUAUUAUCUCGGUGUCCAGCGGAAGGCCGUUCAAACAGAGUGCUGACUCGUGCUCCUCCUCGGCUAAGUCCGCCGGGCUCAAUGGCAGGACUUUGGACUACUUCACUUUCAAUGACCAGAGAACUCGGACUCGACUCUCGGGUCCUCCAGACUUGGACUUGAGUACGACUGACUGGCGAUGGCUAGUAAGCCGGAAACGCCCAUUGCGUACCCCUUAGCUUUCUUAGUAAGUGUAAGGGGAGGUAGGCCUCAAUUCCAUAACCCUCCGAACUCAUCUAGGUCUGUAAGUUUUCAACUCUUCCGCUCGGGCCUGUACGAGUCUGUCUCCUACGCGUGGGGGCACUCUUCGCUUCCUAGCUUCCAGCCUGAUGGUGGCGUACUUGAUGUAUGUCGCAUGACUUUAAACGCUCUCGGGCCCGUAUGCUCACUGUAGCUGCAGGGAUGCUCUGGUCCCGCUUUGACCGGAUGCCUGUUGAUCUAGACGUCCCUCUUUCUCCUGUUCGUUGCAAUACAUACUACAAAAUGUGUCACUGCUUACAACAGUAUUUGUUUGCUCAUCCCUUGUAGCAGAGGCCAUUCGGCCGAGGUCCGUAGGAAAGCCACCGACGGAGUCCGCCAUUGGGUCUCAAGGACCCUCGAGUCUGAAUUCAACCUAUUCCACUGCCUCGACAAGCGGCCCCAGUCACAUGUCAGCAUUUGGGCCUGUCGCACCAUCAUCAUCCUCGUCAUCCUUCUGCUCCACUGCCUCCCCCAGCUGCAUGGCUACAACGCCAACCGCAAGCACUGCUCCCCAACGCGGCCAGAAGUCAUCAGGCCAGCCCUACCCCUACCACCACCACCAAAAGCAUUCCUACUCACCGUCAGGGCAGCUCCAGCAGCAGCAGCAGCACCACCAGUCGGCUGGUGGUUCGCCGCCCAACCACAGAGGUAUAUCCACUACCGCUGUCGCCGCUGUGUCGCUGCCUGCUGCCAUUCCCAGUGGUGCUUCUGCUCCUUUUGCUUCCGCCAUGCUGGCCUGCGCUACUGAGCAGUUCUAUUCUGCCAUGCUGACAAACUCUGCUGCUGCUGCUGCAGCCAGAUCCAGCAGCCAGGGUGGUGCUGCCGCCCUCCCCGCCGCAUCAGCGGCCUCCGCCACGGACGGCAGUCCGCUGCACUCGGUGCCGUCCACUGCCGCGUUACGCAGCCGCGGACAGCAACCCUCGGUGCCACAAUCCCCCUCAUCUCGCCACUUGGGCAGCUUCAACUCCCCCGUAUGUCUGCUUGACGCUCUGCGUGUGUAUGUGUCUGUGCGCGUGCGUGUCUGUCCGUGCCCCUCUGUGUGUCCUUUUUUUCUUGUACACUCGCCUCCGACAUGUGCCAGAGCGCAAACUAUGCGUUAUCGGACAAGUGCGUGUGUGUGAGAGAGUGGAAGUGGGUUCAUGUGUCAGUCAGGGGCGAGGCGCACGUGCUUGACACGCAUGAAACCAGGCUGAUGGAGUGAAACACCUGGUCAGUCGCGGCCUCACAUCUGCAGCCAUGCGCAUCUGGGACGCGCCCAAAUUUGGAAAGUGAGGGAAGCGGGGAGAGUUAGGUAGUCAGACCGAUGUUGUCCUAUCGAUGGGUGAUUUUAUACCCUACUGGCCUAAAGCCCAGAAACGCGCGUGUCUUGCCGCUCGUGUGCCACUGUCUGACGCAGGUGGGUGGGUUUCGGCUCAUCAGUGGGUCCUCCAGCGUUCUCCGCGUGUUUUCUGGUGUAUAUAAACUCCGGUUGCUUCAUCUUGCCUUGUUUGAUUUCCGAGGAAAUGCGCGAACUUGAAGCAAAUCCACCGGACCAGCCCUCUUCAGGCUCGGUCCAAAGGUGCUAUGAAUAUUUGAGCUGCAAUCCAUCGGCUAGGGCGGAAUAACUGCGUGCUAUCUAUCACCACACCUCGAAGAUCGUGACUUAAAGGGUCACUUGUUGAUGCGAUAUCUGGGUCCUUGUACCGGAGAGCCUGGUUGUGUCGUUGUUUUCAUAGCGAGGCUUUGUCAUCCCGGCAAAUGCACCACGGCUUGUCCCCUACAGGCCACCGUGCUCUUGUAAUCCACUGUCCGGACGCCAAAGAAGUGGAAGUCGACAAACGUACUUUUUCGAUUUUUCCUCAUCAAGCCUGUACAAUAGUACAUAUAUCGUGGUACAGCUACGAAAGUUGAAAAUUCAACGAGAGGUGGUCAGGAGUGUAUAGGCAUGCCCGGGAAUGACUCCUUGGUAUUUUUUCGUGGCAUCUUACGCGUUUGUUAAACCCCGGCUCUUACAUAUGGUACCCCUUAGAUUACGGUUCCACAUCAAAUUAGACGGCCUGCCUAGUUUCCCUACGGGAGGCAGGAAAAUGCACUUUAAAGCAAUCACGCCGCACAAACGGCUGUGGCUGCCAGCUGACGGUGUGACCUGGUAUACGAGGUGGUGGUUAUGUCGUGUGUGGCACGCGUAGACGGGUUCUUUAUUUUGGCCAGCCACUGUAUCCAAUCUCACCCCUUGCUGUUUGGCAGGCUCGGACAGUCGAGCGGCGCAGUGGGCAAGAGGAAAGAUAAUAAUGUGAAACUGGGAAUUUAUGCUCGUAGCACUCCUCAUUAACAAAAUCUGACGCGCCCGAGUAGCACAACAUCCUACGCAUCAUGGGCAGCUUGCGCUUCGAGUGCGGUUGCAUUGCAUUUCUCUCUCUCUCUCUCUCUCGAGGCGACCUUCUUAUCACACGCUUAGGUCAUAUCGGAGUCUCUGUCGCAGCAUCUUCGAGCAUGUGAAAUCUACGGACCUGUUCGUGUUUGGUAUGCCAUCUCAGCCUUUGCGUCCAGGUCCAAUUUCACACGCUAGCCCGCACUUUCUCCAACUUUGUCGUGUAGGAUGGUCAUAUUUUCGUGCCUAACCUCUAGCCACUUAAAAACUUACUAAGCUACGCCCUACAAGACGAGUCUUAGGAAGUACUCACGAGCUAUGAAUAUUCUAGACAGGUUGACUUUCCUCCUUUGUUUUGAUUUUUCAGGUUAAUUGUCCGCCUCAAAUACAGAGAUCACUGUCUUUUGCCGAUGCCUAUCCCUCCUCGCAUAUCGCCCCAAAACAGCGGACCUUGCACGAUCCUGCCCUCAAUUGGAGCCUCCCGUCACCACCAACACCGCAAGGAACCCACACGUUCCCCACAACGCAUCUGCGCGCCAACACCUGCUCCCCCCAGGAUAUGAACCAGGCCCUCCAGGAGACCCUUCGGCGUCAGCACCUCUCCUCGCCCGGCUGCUCCUCCUUCCUUCCGCCCAGCGCUCACUGCUCCCCGACAAGCUCCUCAGCCCAUACACCGGUCUCAGAACCGUUUCUGGAUGUAGCCACCCGUGUCAAUCGACUUCGCCCUACACUUCGCUCCCAGGUAACCGCGUCUGUCGCGGCAGCCGCCGCCGCCGCCACUCUCUCUUCAAUGCAGUCCGCCUACCACCUUCCUCACCAACAGGCUGACGCCGGUCCCCCUUCGUCGGCCACACCUCUGUCAUCAAUGUCCUGCCUAAUCGAUGCUCAGCGUAGCGCUGCGCUGCUCGCAGCCUCCUCACCGGCAGUUGCACGCGCCGCACAGGCCUGGCUGACCAAGUCCAUGUUUGGUAUGGCUGCGGCAGCGGCGGCGGCGGCAGCGGCUGCAACCGCGGGUGAUGGGUCUUACCGCUUCAAUUUUGGCCGCCCAUCCGCCGGCUCGCCGCCAGGUGGCGCAAUAGAGCCGCGUCCCGGUUGGCCCUAUGCGGCCUCAUCCCCCCCGUCGUCGUCAUCAUCAUCGCCGCCGCCACCACCGCAGUAG